AUGGAUGUUGAGUCCGGCGUUCGAGUACUGGCAGAGCGGCCUGCCGACGACUUCGAACCCACCGAUGAGGAAGUGAAAAACUACGCAGAGUGGCUAGGGUUGGAUCCCAAGGAAGACACGGACUUGAUGUACCUGGCCAAAGAGGGAUUGAAGGCCCCUCUGAAAGAUGGCUGGAAGCCGUGCACCAACUCAGACAACGAGAUUUUCUACUUCAACUUCAUGACAGGUCAGACCUCUUGGACUCAUCCAGCUGACGAGGCUUACAGGACCAUGGUUCAGGAAAAGAAGCGGGCACGAGGACAAGCAGUGGGCGUGCCCGUUGCGUGUGCUGAUGCAAAUCAACUGUAUCAGAAGAAGUCCCCAGGCAUCAGCGCUAUUGCAGCGCAGAUAUCACCUGUGAAGCGAAGUGCAGGACGCCUUGGCUUCCUGCAGCCAACUGGCAUCAAGACCCUAGAUGCUGACACGUUUCGCCUGCAAUGUUUCCACACGGCAACCGGCAUGAAGAUCUUCUGUGUCCUCCUCCCGCCGUACUUUGAAGUCGACCCGUUGCUCCGGCAGGUCUACGGCCUGUACAGCGACUAUGUGUUGAAAAAUCCUUUCUAUGAGCUGGACAUGCCCAUUCGCUUCGAGCUGUUCGAGAAAGAGGUGCAGCGAGUGCUGGCUGAGUUCCAGCCCAGGCAGGGCUCGCUUGCUUUGGAAAUAUUUUUCAGUCCAUGCCGCGGUAGCGGUUGGCCAUGA